CACUUCAGCAUUUGGACAGUAGGGGGUCAAACCCCCAACCUUCUGAUUGUGAGACAGCUUCAUUUAACAAUGCAUAACCAUUUAAAGGGAUAUUCCAGCAUAAAAUUAAGUUAGGGUCAAACACACCGUAACACAGAGUUAGACACCCCGACGAGAGAUGAAUGUUGCCGACCGCUUGCUUCUCUAGUUAUACCAACUUUAGUGACGACCGCAGAUAGCAAUACAGAGAGCCACGCGCUCAACCAAAACGCCACUCUAUAGCCACAAAUAAUGCUCAGAACAGCACCUAACGUCAUCAACAGUACAUGGUCCCAGCCAUAGUAUUAGCCACCAAACAUCUUUUUAACUUUGCAUGAUUUCUUUAACAAAGAGACUCAACCUCUCUCUUCCAGCAGCUGCUUGUUUGUAUGGAGACCUCUGGACGAGUCCAUCUACUGCUGAGGGGUGACGCAGCUCAAGGAAGAACAUUUAUUGAUCAUUUACUCAUGGAAAUGCAAUCAGACUGAGACACUAAGGCAGAAGAACUACCUCGUCUGCAGUAAAAAAUGUUUAAUAAUGUCCCUUUCCUCACACCAUCACAGACCUGACACUGGUGCAACAGGCAGAUGUUUAAGAGCUUACCUCCAGCUAAGACAGAGCGAAGCCAGUAGUAGUCCUUCCUGCUGCUGAUAGCAGAGACCGCAGCCUCUGAUGCCAUCCUUCCUGCUCAGGUGUGUGGCACUUCCAUGGCUGUAAUAGAAGAUAAAAUGCUGUAAAAAUGUCCUUUAUUGCUGAAUUACUUUGAACCUUGAUUUGCAACGAGACUGUUAAGAGUGACAACCACAAGACAAAUGAAGCAGGCGGACAACAGCACCUCUGUAUGUCUAUCAAAAAGUCUUUUACUCACAAGAUACAGCACCUUAAAAAGAGAAGGUCGGCUGUUUCAUAUCAAGCCUUCUUCGUCCCCUUCCUUGGUUCUUUCCCUCCUUCCCUCCCCUCGGCAGGCUUUUCGGGAUAUCUAUUUACUUCCUACACUAACUUCCGUUGAGUUAAAGAGGUCCUCGUUCAUUGUUGACGGUGAAAACCUGAAACAGACUAAAUGUUCGACUAAAUCUGAAACAAUUUCUACGUUUCGGGAACAAUAUCCGUGUCCUUCGACCGCUGACGCCUCACGGUCUGUCAGUAAAUAGUCGCAUGUUGGUGACGUAUCAUGACGCAGAGUAUAAACAGAAGAAGAGGGGCCAGUCCUCCAACGCUCAAGUGUGUUUUCCCACCAAGAAUACGUGUAAAAUAAGAGAAAACAAUGAAAAUAAAAUGACAGAACUUUAAUUGUUAAAUGUUAGUACGGUGUACGUUUCUUAAAUAAGUGUGGAGUUUAAUUUACUUUGCUGAAUUUCUAGAAAUACAGUCGUUUUCAUUUAAGGGAUAUCCUGGCGUAAAAUUAAAUUAGGGUCAAACACACCAUAACACAGAGUUAGACACCCCCUUGAGAGAUUAAUAUUGCCAACUGCUUGCUUCUCUACACUUUAUACCAACUUUAGUAACGACCACAGGAUGGCAAUACACAGAGGUCUGAGGAGCCAUACACAAACCUCAACCAAAACGUCACCAAACAUCUUUUUAGCUUUGCCCUCUUUCCUUAGCAAAGAGACUAAACUGAACUCACCUACUCUCUUCUAGCAGCCGCUUGUUUGUAGCAAGACCUCAGGCUAGUCCAUUACGGACCGAGCGGGGUGACACAGCUCAAUGAAGAACAUUUAUGAUCAUUACUUUAUCAUUUCCUUGAGGUAGUAAUCAGCAUGUUAAUCAUUUUGCACUGCAGACACAGUAGUUCUUCUGCCUUAGCCUUAUCAUAAGUGUUCUUCCUUGAGCUGCGUCACCCCGCUGCAGUUGAUGGACUCGCCUGGAGGUCUCCAUACAAACAAGCGGCUGCUGGAAGAGAGAGGGUGAGUUUUGUUUAGUCUCUUUGCUGAAGAAAUUAGGCAAAGUUAAAAAGAUGUUUGGUGGCUAGUACUAUGACUGGGACCCUAUAUGCACUGUUGAUGAAGUUAGGUGCUGUUCUGAGUAUUAUUUGUGGCCAUAGAAAAAAAAAAAAACAGAAAAACUGUAUUAGAGUUGUAUGAUCAAGUCCCUUAUAUUAUUGGCCGCCUCUACAACAGUCAUCAGUAAAAUAUGCCUCAAAAUAAUUUGGAGCCACUUUUUUACCCCCUUUUUUGCCCUCUUUUCUAGAGUAGAUAAACAGACUGUAUGUGCAUUUGCAAGUGAAUAAGAUUAAAGACCAGCUAACAGGUGGAGGUAUAGAAAAUAAACUGAAAUUAUGUCACAUAGAGUGAACAAAAUUGUCAGCAUGGGCUUCCGUACACCAAUGGUAUUAGGCUAACUGACAGUUCAGGGCAUGUUGCUCAACAGCUUAUGUUGAUUUGUCACUUUUAGCAAACUCUGGCAUCAGUUUUUAUAUCCUCAGAGAAUUGAAAAGGGUCAACAACUCUUCAGGAAAGCCUUGAAUUGAAUUAUUUUUUUUUUUGGUUAUUUUUUGUUUCCUUUUAACUAGAUAAUUUUCUGGCAGUACAGAAAGCAGUAGGAAAGGAGACAGUUGUUUGAGAUGGUUUUCUUCAAACCUGUCACUAUGCACAGCCUGCCAAUACCUCGUUUUUCUAUUUGAACAAGAAAACAACUUUUUUAUCCAUAUUUCCAUAUUUUUUCAUUAUUCUGAGAUAUUUAUCUUGUUAAACAGGGUUUUUUCCUUUGUAAAUGUAAUACACUUUCAUAAAAGUGCGGGGAAAAAAACUAAAAACUGUAUAAGACUUGUAUGAUCAAAUACCUUAUAUUAUUGGCAUCUUCCACAACAGUCUUUCGUAAAAUAUGCCUCAAAAUAAUUUGGAGUCAUUUUCUACUUUUUAUCCUCUUUUCUAAAGUAGAUAAACAGAUUGUGUGAGAUUGAAGACCAGCUAACAAGUGGAGGUCUAGAAAAUAAACUGACAUAGAGUGAACAAAAUUGUCCGCAUGGGCUUCCGUAGAUUCAUGGUGUUCGGCUAACUGACAGUUCCUGUUGAUUUGUCACUUUUAGCGCACUCUGGCGUCCAUUUUUAUAACCUCACAGUGCAGUAAGCGGCACUGGGUUUACGCUCCAGUCCGGGUUUUCUUUUCCUCUCUUCCCUCCAGAGCCGACGACGAGUUUUUGGCCAGAGCAGACCGUAGGUUACGUCUGGUGGAGGGAGAGUGAGCGGGGCUGCCCUGAAUGGACUGACAUUAGAGGGAUUUACAUUUUAACGGGUGUCGUGCUCCGUUAAGACUACACGGUGCACGCCGAGAACCGACUACUCUUCUCGAUGUUUGUUCAUGUCGGUGCCUGAAACAUGUCCAUGUGUCACCGUCGUGAGAGGAUUGAACUUGCCAGCAGUCUAUAUUUGUCGAGGAGGGAAACCAAUACAAGGUCUCGCUGUCUUUCUGGAGCGGAGUAUUAUUAGCAGUUCAGACAGUGCAACUGUCUCACUCUGGUAUGUAAAGUAUUUCUGCUAUAAACGUGUAAAUAAAACAUCAGAAGCUAAAAAACAGCUUUAAUUUCCACGGCGCUCUAAACGUCAGCGGUCAAGUGCAGAAAUAAUAAUAACAGUGAGGUUUGAGGCAUUUUAACACGGUAAUAACCCUCUUCCGCCAAGGCAGAGAGGCGAAAACAGGAUCCGACCUCCGGCCAGAGCCCACUUCUCAACGCGCCUGCCCUUUAAACUGUUAAAGCCGUGUCAGCCACGCAGGAAGCUCUAUCUUCCCUUUACUUUUAUUUGUUUUUUUAAGUCUUACUGUCAAUUUUCCUUACUUGUCUAUCUAUCGACGUCAACUUUAACACACUUGCUUAUACAAGUGGAUUGUUCAGGCGGGGCAGACUUAAGUGUGUCCUAAAGAAAGAUAAGUGGAGUUAAAAAGCUUUUAAACUAACAUAAGUGUGUUUUGAAAUGAACUUGAUAUUUUUAGCAUGUCUCUAAAGUGAGUUUUACACCUAAAUGCCACUUAAAGGUCUUGACACUGCUUGUGUUUUACUAUGUUUGCCCUUUUUUUCUGUGUUUACAGGCCAUGCACUGGAAUUACACGAUAAUGACAGCACCAUAAUUCACGACUCAAAGAGGAAGAUUUAAAAAAAGAAAAAGUUGUAUACUGAGCGCAGAGUAAACAUUCACCUGGCUCCCAUGCCUGCUGCCAGAAAUCCUCCUCUCCACACCCUCAGCCAUGCCUGCCUCUACCAAAAGCGCCAGGAGACAGACACACGCUCAAAGAAAACAUGCCCCGAAAGUGAUCAGCACCAAGAGGCAAACCUGUAACUCAAAUAAACCCAGAGGGAGAGCUGCAGAGCAGCCCCAGAGUACACCUGCAGAAUCUAAAAGACUGACAUCCAGGGCGCAGGUGCAAUCAGCCCGCUGUCCCCGAAGAGGGGUUAGUGGGCCUGCUAGUCAGGGUCCUGGGAGGUCACCCGGCAGAGUUAACCAUGCUUUAAGAGUGACAGGAUCUGCGAGGCUUAGACGGCUGAGCAAUCUACCUGAACCCACUGGCAAGGUACAAGACCCCAUAGGGCGGAGGAAGUCCCAGCGGGGCGCACAGGUGUUGGAUGUCUUCUGCCAGCCUCCUAAAACAUGCAGAGGAGGAAGGACCAGGAGAGGAGGUGCAGGAAGGGGUGCAGCCUCACAGCAUGGAAACGCAAGACACCAACCAUCAAGUGCCGCAUCUGAUGGGGAGAGUGAGAAACCGGACAUCUGUCAUGUGGAAGAAAACGUGCCGGUUGCUCUAAAAACAGUUUCUGAAGCUUCUGCAGGGAUCAGAGGCAAAGGUCUUGGAGUCAGCAAUGCUAAAGAAGGCAGCCCUCUUAAAGCAGAUUCACCACCACAUGACAACGCACUGGAAGACUGUGUUCAGGGCAGCUGUGACAGUACAACACAAGAAGACAAAGAGACCCUGUUUCAGGACAGUGAAAGCGACCUGGGGUGUGUCAUCUCAGCCCCUGUGUGCGAUGAUGCUCAUGGACAGCUAAAACUCUGCAGUGACACCAUGAAAGAUAACCCCUCUGAGCCCUCAGCACUUACAAGUAUUAGCACACCAGCAGUGCAGGGUAGUAGUGAGGGAAAUGACAGUUCAUCUAUUCUUGGAAAUAAUCUUGAUCAUCCUGCAAAUCAUGUUCAAGCUCCUCAACAAAAUGAUGCAAGCACUGUCCAACAAGAGGAGGCUGCCACGUUGGAUAUGAAAGAGAAUGGUGUGGAUGAAAGAGCGAUAGCUGUCAGUGGGGGGACAGAGGAGAUGAAUCAUGAGAGAAAUGAGAGUUCAGAGGCAGAGAGACGAAAUGAGACUGUGGAAGAGAUGGACGAGGUUGUGGAGAUGGGUGACUGUGAGGAAGAAGAGGGGAGGAAUGAAAAGGAGAAGGAAGUUUUCACACGCUCUUCUGACCCUCAUCCCAGCACCCCAGCCCCUCCACCUCCAGAUUCACCUCCAUCUAACAAUGGCCUGACAGCACAGUCAGAGUCACCUGGACCGGUGUCACUGGUCUCUGACAUAGCUACCUCAAAUUCCACCAAAGCUGCCACCACCUCAGAGUCCAUUGAUUUAGAGGUUCUGAGUCUGGUUCAAACUGAGAUGCAACCUACCUUUAAUGGUGUUAAACCUUUAUUACCAGGGUGCUCAAAUGUUCCUGAAACUAGCAUGAAGUUGCAGACUGUUCAAGUGCAACGAAAAACACCGGUGAUUAUCCGCAGUGACUCCCUCAAAACUGCGAACUGGAGGGACUUGCACCAGCGACAAAAUCAAGACAUCCCUUCCUCAGAGGGGGAAAGACAAGCUUGCACACCAGCAGAGACGCUCACCAAAGAAAGUGAAUCUAACCCAGAGCAACCGGAGCGCCACAUCCAGAGGGAGACACCUCCGCUGUUGCUGUUGGUUGCUCCUCAGCUGAACUCGGAUGCUCAAACAGCUGAGUGUGAGCCAAACGUCAGUGAGGAAAGUCUUGUCUCAGUGCCAAAGAUCCCAACUCCCUCACUGGACAGUAUCUCCUCCUUCUCCUUCAGCUCGGAAAGCACUCGCUCCUCUUUUUCGUUAGACACGGAAUCAGAGGCAGGGUACGGGGAGCCGAUUCCAACAUUACUACCUGGAUCCUUGGGGCCAGAGGGGACCCGCUUGCCUUCUUGGAGACCGCAGAGGAAGGAGAGGAAGAAGCGGAGCAGGUGUGGGACUUGCGAGCCGUGUUUGAGGAAGACCAGCUGUGGACAGUGCAGUUGCUGUUUAAACCGCAGGACUGGACACCAGAUCUGUAAGCUGAGGAAGUGUGUCGAACUGAAGAGGAGAAGACCUUUCUCUCCAGUCAUUCGCUCUGCUGCUCAGGUAAGGCUUGAAUCACACAGCUCGAAUCAAAUAAACGCAUCACAGGAAAAUUUAUUGCAGUCAGGUCCUCAGUCUGUUCCCUUGAGGACGUUUGAUUAAAUAAUGAUUGAAGUGGGAAUAUUCAGAGGCGUCUUUUUGCAUCCGAAACAGCCGAUCAGAGGCGACUAAAAAAGAGCGUUCACUAUUAUCUGACAGUUUUGCUUUUGAUCACUGUGCUUUCCCAGACGCCCACCGCUCGCUGCAAUGACCAAGAGUUGAAAGAGCCAAACACUUAAAACGGAGACUUUCACUUUCAUGUAGUAAUUCUCGUGUUUUCUGUUAAUACCGCAGAUAUUGCAGGCACGAUGUCGUCUUGUCUUCCUGUUAAAUGACGGGGAAUAUAUCGAGUUAAAAAGGGGAAGUGCCUGCACUUGUGUGUGUUUGUGAAUUUGUGCGUAGAGAAGAGAGAUCUGGUGCGGAUGUAAGAGUAACUGAAAUGUUGAUGAUGCCCUGACACACACACUUUCACAUGACUGGCAGCAGCACGUGGUCGGAGUAUGAGUCUGUCGGUACAUCUGUCUGUGUGCCAGUGUGUGCACGCCAUUCAGAGGAUAAGUUAUUUUAUGGGUUGCACAUGGUGAUUGUGUGUCCGUUUUGCUUGUGUGUGUGUGUGUGUGCAAAUGAGUAUGUCAUUAAAGCUAAUUUGAGCUGGAUGUUUUGCACUGAAUGGCUUUGUGGAUGCAUACUUUAGGAGAGAGAGUCAAAUACAACAAUAAACAACCAGGACAUUUUGUAAGAAAGGAAUUUCCUCAGUCCGUUUUGUAGAAGUUUACCAGCUGCUCGCUGUUGAGCUUUUCGUCCUGGAGCUUUACUUUGCUUGUUGUUUCUACACAAUCUUUCAGGCUGCACUUGGCGGCUAUUUUAAGAGGAAAAACCCACUUCAGCGUACCUGCUCAGCCGCAAUCACCACACACACAAACACACAGUAAGCUAUCAAAGGCUUAAAAGCAGCUUUGUCCAAUUAAGAAUGUUACUGCAUGUGUGUAUUAUCACUUUUUCUCACACAAGUUUGCUGAAUAAACCUUUAAGGUGACUUCAGAGCUUUUUAUUGGUACUCUAUGGCAGCAAUAAUACCAUGUUUGGUAUCUGUUUAUGUGUCUGUCAUAGACUGUACAAUAAAAUGAACACUACAAAUGUUCUGAGACCGUGAAGCUGAAACAUUUAGAGCUCCGCCUACUGACUGGCUGCAUUACAGGUCAGCUCCUUAAUGUUAUAAUUUGAGUCAAACUACAAAAUUAAAAUACAGAUCCAUUUUUUUCAAAUCAUGGUUUUUAGUUAUCUCUGAGCACACUGUUUUUGUUCCUGCGUUCAUUUUUCUGAGAGUUCUGGUUUUAUUUAGCUGUUCAGUGUCAGAUAAAAGAGCCAUUGACAUCCACUAAACUUUCAAUAUCCACUUAGGUUUGCUUCAAACCAGCACAAGAAUCUAUUCUGCUGUGGACUGUACCAGCAUGAAGGAACUUUGCUGUUACAUUUGUGAAUUUAAUGCCUGUUUUGUUUAGUGGAAGGGAUGUGGUGGUCGCCCCUUGGUUCAGCAGAUUGUUCCUGUGCAUUUCUUGGCCAUAUCUCAUAUGGUAUUUUAGCGUGACGUUCUCACAGUGGGAACUGCAUGGAGGCACAGAGUCCAUAUUAUUUUACAGUCAAUGGCUUUCCAAGCUUAUUAGUCUUCAUUUUGGCAAGCUGCAUCCAUCAAAUGAGUAAUUAUACCAUAGUAGUGCAGAAUGGUAAGCCAACUCCAUUGCUAAGGAUUCCACCACACUGAUGGUUGGGUUUUACUUCCUCUACAGACCUUUUUUACAGUCCUAGGAGGCAGCUUUUAGACAAGACAAGUUAUUAGAUGGUGAAGGAAAUCCACCGUGUUGAAACCUGAUGAUCCAAAUACAUUUCAGGAGUUGUUUGAGACCAAAAACAGAGAUUAAUCUUGGACUUCACUCAAGCAAAAAUGUAAAAUGCGGUGUAUAUACAGCAUUUGAUGUCAGUGAUAUUUAUUGCCUCAUGCAUUUCAGCUUGUUUGUGUUAAAAUUUGAGCAAUGCAGAUAUGAACUGUUGUUGGUGUUGUUAUUAUUCAGACUUGGUCUAGCUGUUUCGUGCACAGCCUCAGUGGUUAUAGUGCUUUAGCUUUAGUCUACUUCUGUAGGAAUAGAGGGCUUAUGAAUCUAUCCUCAGUCAUUUUGGUAGAUGGGAAUAGGAGAUCCUCAAAGCAGCUGGCUGCUCGAGCUACAUAGGCGUGUGCAUAGUUCAGUGAUGUCCAUGUGGCUGGGGGAGGGCUCUGUGUGAACAACUGUGAGUGAGGGUCCAUGUGUCUGUAUGUGUGCAAGCGUGCGUGCAUGCACAGGCAGAGGAGCCCUCAGAGCUGCAGCAGUGGCAGGAGCAGAUCAGCGCUGAUUAUAUAACACCUGCAGUAAUAGUAUUGACGACCUCUGAGUGCUAUUACUGCGCAUGGGGGGGGCAUGCAGGAAGAGAUCAGCCCAGGCAGAGAUUUGCACACAUAUUAUUUGGAAUGGCCUGAAAUGUAGGUCACUGUAAGUGCUUGAGUGUGUGUGCGACACAGACUCAGAGGCAGAUUACUGUAUUUUUGGUAGUGACAGAACUGUAGAUCCUCUCUCAUUCAAGCGACAGAGCCAAGCUGUUGUUUACACAUUCAUCUUUGCUGACAUGACAUCGCCCAGCGUCCCGUGCAUGUAGAAAUGUUUGUAUUUGUCUUUUGAAAACAGGUUUGGUCUGAUUCUAAGCGACUGCAGGGGUGGAGCUUGCACCAGGUGCUGCAAGGAAGUACUGUCAGCAGAGCUACCAUGAGGAGGUGUUGGAGAAAACUGAAACUACAUCCUUAACGUAUUCUUUACGUAGAACAGGUGGAGCAAGCUUCCCUCCUGUCUUGUGUUUAGAUUUACAACUUGAGAAAACGCACUGUGAGGCCACAUGCUAGUAUUUAUGGGUAAGACUUUGACUUACUGGCUGGUCUGCCUUGCUAAUCAAGCUCACACGCCCUUUCAGCUAAUGUUUGUAACCUCAGAAGAUAGUGGAAAAAAGGAGCAGAGGCCACAGAGGAGCUCAUGUAGGGACAUGUGGAUUCUGUGCCCGGUUUUGCCAUAGUGAGCUUUGAAGGUUGGUGUGGAUGUGGUUUAGUUUUGGUUAAAUCGCACAAAAACACAACAAAAAGCACAGGUUGAAUAUUGGAUUAUCUACAUAUGUGAUAUACCAAAACUAAAAACACACUUUCACAGUCUGCGUGUGAGUAUGGCGCAUAUCUAACCUGAAGGUUUCCUUUUAAAAAUGUCUGGUUUCACUCAGGCUUCAUAGCCCCCUCGUGGCCUCAUCUUGCAGUGGGCAGUAAGUAUAAGACCCAAGAUCUGGCCCUGAGCAUGCUCACACAUAUACAAGCACACACAUGCUAUCUCUCUCUCUCACACUCUCUCACACACACCAGAAAGAAAAUACUUAAGUUCAUCGAGUGCAAAAGCUCCUGUAUUUGUUGAGUGAAUUUGACUGAAACAGUCCUGACAUGUUAAGAGCUGUAGGCUGCAUAACUGGCUGACUUUUUUAUAGACCAACAACGGAGAUGCUGGCACUCACGGAUGAUGUCUUAGAUUUACAGCUCAGCCUAAUAGGAGGAAAAAACACGAACAUCAUCAGCUGUUGAACUAAGAGGACCCAUAAUGUAAACAGUUGACCCUAACACAGUCAGUGCUGGCAGUCCCUUUUCAAGCAUAUCCACAGUAUUUCAGUGUUUAAUACCAAUAGACCAUUCUUACACACAUUUACUUUUUAAAUUAAUAGUUUGGAGGGAAACUGAGCAUCAGACAACAAUAAAAUCUUCAGUAUCUGUAAUUGCAAUUAAGUAUGCUAUUGGAAUAUAUAUCCGUAUGAUGCUGAACUCAUAGAUAGCUGAUGAAUAUUACCUCUGAGUUCUGAUGUCUGCUUCUGUCCCUAUAUUUACCAAAACUAUGCACCUGGUGAGGUAUACUGCAAGCUUGAGGUGCCCCAUAAUUACAUAGUAAAAGAAGAAUUCAGUCCUGCACAAUACACGUCUGCAGGUGGAUACCAUGCUUUUUUACAAAUAGUUGCCUCCAUGCCUCCAGUCAGUUUGCCAGCUCAGCCCAGCUCCUCCUGCAAACUAAUCUAUCUCCUGCACCCCUCUCCCUCGCUCCUUUCUCCGCUCGGUGCAUUUUCCAGAGGAGUCACCCAGCUGAGAUAACAGGAGUAUCAGGAAAGCACUUUCAGAUCCCUCAAAUAGCUCUCUGUCAGGUUGGACGGACAGCCUGCAGCACCCAGCAGUGACUGUUUGCUUUUAAACAGACACUUUAAGCUCUGUUUGUCUGCCUGCAUGUAAAUUAUUCAUACCUGAAUGUUUGGGUGUGAAGUGAAGUGGUUAAAUGCACAUGUAGGGGCCAGUUUUACAGACCGUGGUUUUGCAUCCCCCCACCCCACCCAUUGUUCUCAAAUGGAGCCAGCUUGAUAUAAAGAGAGAGGGCGAUUUGUCCCGGCAGAUGCUCCUGUCAGGUCUGACCCUUUUGCCUGCACAUACGCGGCAUUGGAGGUCUUCAGCACUGAUGGUUGCCAUGGCGAUCUCUUUGUCUGGUGUUGACCUUUGACCUGCCACAGUUGUCUGUUAGAGUAUUCUCAGGGUCAAAAUGAAGAUUAGUGGAGAUAACCAGUAGACACAAACUAUUAUUGGUUUAAGGUUUUGAACUCCGUAACCUACAUCCAGGUAAUUGGGUUAAACUACGCUGAGUGUCCCGCUAGUCAGGAGCCAGGUAGGGCUAUCUACAACGGACGGAGACCUUAAAAGUGGUGCAUUUAUCUGCAUUAUCUGUGCUAAUCCGCCUGCACGGUUAGAUAAUAGCUUGUAAUUUGAGUGUAACACAUCCUCUGUUUUUUUAUGGAGACAAAACGUGUUUGUCAUUUUCGUCAGAGCUACACUAUCAUUGUGUUCUUGUUGCACUGGCAUAAAUCUUUUUGUACAAUACAGCUUCCUUGAAAGUGACUUACUCACCAUCUGUAACACAUACAAAGGCAGUUCAGGGUCAAGGCCAAGAGGUAAUCCACCUUUUUAAGGAUACUGUCCACAAGUGUUAGCCUUUGUCAAUCUCAAAUGGGGGCAAGAAUUUGGUUUGACACAGACUGUGCAUCUUAUAUCUGGUUUUAUUGAUCUCAUGGUUGAAAAGAUUGUCUUACUUAGAGCAAAAAUCUUUGUGACACACCAAAACAAAAAUAUUUGAUACCUGAUGCAAUAUUUCCAGAUCAGCAAUUUGGUUAAUUUUUAUUGUCUUUAUAUGCAUACACAAAAAAAGACAAAAUUUGAUUGUUCCAGCCAGUAGCAGAAAAAAAGAAAUACAUGAAAAUACCUAAAAAUCUUCUUUAAAAAAACUACAAGAAUAAAGAAUUUCUCUUGGACUCUUGUAACCCAAGUCAAAUUCUGUCAAAACCAUUUACAGCAUGCAAACCAAAAGAGCCUGUGUUUUCAUUCUCUCAGGCGGUUUCACAGUGAACAGUAUUUGCUUGUGGAAAAGGAGCAGCAGGUUAUAUUUUUGUAAAUUGACAGAAUAGUGCACAAAAGCAAAGAGAUACGAUUUACUCUUUGACCACAGGGGCCUGAAACUGACAUGAAAGGAGAGUAUUAAUAGCUUUGAAACUAGUUUCCUGUCACCUCCUUACAAAAAAGUAGAGGGUGUAUCUUUCAUUAAACAUGAGAGGGUUUUGGUCACAAACUGCUUUUAUGAGUAAUACAGACAUGACAUCUGCUUUAAUGUAACUUUCAGUUUAGUUUGAGGUUCAAUAUUUAACUGUACUGAAGUGAAAUGGAGGUACAGUCAGUCUGAUAGGUAAAAACAUGGACGUUUUUCAACAGGAGCAUCAAGGAUUUCUGGUGAAUGUAAAACAAAUCUCUUCCUGUGCCACGAAAAAAGUUUGAUGUAUUUUCCAUCGGAAAGUAAUUCAUCCGCUGUCAUAAAACAAGCGCAGGUUUCCCCACGUGAGCAUGUGGGCACUGCAGCUGCAGUUAGCUGAAGGACCAAAACAUCCACUCUCCUUUUAUUCUAUGUUAUUACGUCAGUGUGUGGGACUGUAGGGGGCCGAGGUAGCGAGGCAGGUUCAUGAAAUGUCAGAAAUACUGCCAACAUUUUAUCAGAGGCAGUUCAUUAUGACCAAGCAGAGUAAGUAAUGCACAGCCCACUUUCUCCACCCAGGCUUCUCUUUUUAUUUGGACACAGACGCGGGUUACAAGAGCCUGCCUCUGAUUAGCACUGCUGUGUAGUUUUCUGUCAAUCUGGUCCGAGCUAGUUAAAUCUAAAGAACCCUGUGAGGCACUUAUCUGUUAUAACUGCAGAGCUUUGGUAGUGGUUGGGAUAAAAAGGCUAUGUGGACAAGGGGAAAUGUCUGUUUUAUUUGAUUUGGGGCUCUGUUUUUUGGCCAGAGCCCACCAUACAUCAGAACAGAUGUGAGGCCUUGACUGUGCCAGGUUAAAGGCUUAUAUCCAACAAAAGACAGUGUGUGAAAGAUGGCAGCGUGCUUACUUUAGAAACUACAGUACAAAAGAGGGGUUUCAACACAUGGCACUUUGCAUCUAUUGUAUUAAGAAAUCUGCUGCAAGAUAUUGGCAGAGUUAAACUUUAUAACGCUAAUUCCGCACUUCUGAGCCCCUUAAGGUUCUUUGCAUCUGCGAGUUUGUGCCGUGUCCUGACUGUUGUAAGGCUCUAAAGCCCUGGAUCAGCUUUGAAGUCGUGCCACUUGGUUUCUCUGGGUGAAAAGAAAUCCUGACUUUGCCCCCCAAAAGAAAUGCCACUCAAAUCCAACCAAGGGCACACAAUGGCCUCCUUCUGGAGGAACCAGAGUUUAGUCAUGCCUCAACCUGGUCUGUCGGUUCUAUAAUAUAGUUUGUAUCUAAACUCUCAUCUUUUUGCGCUGUGGUAUCAUUAUUAAUGUGAAGAUGUAAUGCGCUCAUUCGUUGAUUUGUUUAGUCCAUUUUUCACGGUGCCUUUAUCCUUAAUCACACUCUGACUGCAGAGGACUGUUUCCAGAGCUUGUUGCUGCCAUUAAACUUCUCCUGUCAUUAAAGCUUUAAGUACCAGUAUAAACCCUCAAAACACCCUGAGCUGAUGCCAUGAGCACCCAGCUUCUGUUAACCACCUGAACCCCUCCGUCAGCCUGAUAUUUUGUUUGGAUUAUUCAAGAUUGCUUGUCCUCUUGCUGAAAAUAUCAGUUUAAAAAGUCAUCUAACUGUUCGGCUUGGAAAAUGAAAAUCACUUAGUUUUUUUGGUGCCUCUUACACCACAAGCACCCUUGGGAGUAAGUGCUCUGCAGUUUGAGCAUUCACAGGCUGUAUGCGCUCACUCUUUGAUGCACCUGUGUUUGUAUGUGUAUGUUUUCGAGAGCAUGUGAACUCCUGUGCAUUCUUAUUACUUACUCAGCGUGUUUGACUCGCUAAAGUCAGCCUCUUCCUGUGUCACGUGAGAGGAUCCGGGGGCCCUGCACUCCCUCCGCCUGCACAGUGUUUGUGUGAGAGCAUGUGUGCAAGUGUUUACAUUAACUGCUUGACCCGAUCACCUUUGUCCUCUCUUCAUUCCAAGGUACAACACCGACUUCUAGCUGCUCCAACACUUGACACCCCUAAACUAAAGAAAACAGUCCAUACUUUUUUUUCAGUUUACACACACAUGAAAACUGAGCACCAGUUUAAAGAGUGUAGAGAGGGUAUGCAAAGGUUUUAAAGUGCGUCCCUCCUCUUUUGGUCAAGCUAGAGCUGACCCAGUAUCCCCUCAUGCUUAACGACCCCCGAUGACCCCUAAAUUAAGUCCAUGUGAGUUCAGGGUGUGGAGCUGAAUGGUGUGCGCAUUUCCUAAGAGCUUGAUGGUAGUUUGUUACGUAACACCCUCUGCUUCUAUGUGUGGUGUGGACUUUUGAAUGUGGACCCAUUGUGUCCUUAAAAUAGCCCCAGCCAUGGGUUGAAAACUAUCCAUACAGGAAGUGUGGAAACUGCAGACAUGCAUCACUAUGACUGUGCAUGACUGUGUGUGUGUGUGUUUGCUGAAGAGGCAGUCAACCUACAGUAAGGGAGAGAGUGCUGAAAGCUGUUGUGUGGACAUAAAGUCGAAGCCUUGAGUCCCAGAUGUUCUUUUGGAGAAGCAUCCAAAGUCCUGUUAUAUAUGAGCGGUCUCUGGAGUCUGCUGAAUAUGAGCCAUACUGCUGUUUCCUCUCAGGUAACACACGCUUUCAAGGUUUCUUUAAGGAAAACCAGCUCCCACUCAGCCUUGGUAUGGAUGCACAUAAUCCAAGUGAUAAUGUGGGUGUUUAUUCUGUCUCUAAAAGUUUGUGCGUGUUGGUGUUUUUUACCCUCUAAAAAGGCAAAAGUAUACAGUAAGUCUCAACAAUCACAUGCUGGAUAGUUUAACCCACUUUUUCUUCAUCUUAUUCCCCACCCUGAUCUGCUUUACAACACUUGCACCUUCAAUAAUGAAGAAACAACCAAAGAAAUCCCCUCAAAUUCCAAGACCAUGCCAACGAUCUGCAGCUUUCCCAUGCAAAUGAGAGACGGGUUUACAUUAGAGUCAGCAGUAAUGACUGUAAUGACAGCUAUUGGCAACGUUCACGUUUGGCACGGCUCCAUCCCCGGGCCAGUCUCCAGUGGGUCAGCAUCCAGAUGUGUCAGAGACAGUUUACGACUGCGGUGCGGAGCAGUUUUCUUUACCUCGCUCUCAGGCUCAUGUUCUGCAACUUAGGGUAAUUAAUGUCCAAGCUACUUGUUCUUAACGAGAGCUGGGCUGCUCGUUAAAAGGGAAAAACAUAUGGGACACUUAAAGAGCUGAAAAUGAAGGGUGUGGUGGAAUAUUGGUAGUGGCUGUGGUGUAUUUUCAGACUGAAGGGAUAGAGUUGCUGCAGGAGGGAAGUUAGGAGACCGACCAAAACAACCAAAAGAGCUGAACAUACUUUAAAACGUCAUAUUUUUAGACGUACUCACUCUAUGAUGUGCAUAUUGAAAUACUUUCUCUAAUUUAAACCCCGGUCUCCUCAUCAGUGAGUGAAAUGUUACAUGAGCUAAUAAAAGUUGAACAGUUAGUCUAACAGCCAAAAGACAAACCAUAGAAAGCUCGUUUUUUAAUUUCCAUCAGCUAAGGAUGGAUGAUGGGCACUUUUUCUGACAAAGCAGUUGUGCAAGAAAACCAGUUUUUGCUGCUGUAGUUGAUCAAAUCAUACAUCUGUAGAUUAGCUGAGAUGUAUGUAGUUAAUUGGUAAUCCUCUACCUUUACUUUAUUUUUCUCUAAUGCAUUUUUGUCAUGGUGAUGGCUGGUCAGAUCAUUUGAAAGACUUGCUGUUGGAACUUAAGGAUUUUUUUUCCUCCACUGAGAAAACUUGGGACACAUUUUGCAAAUCACAAUCAUGUUCUCCUUCUCCCAAGUUAGUGUAAAGCAUCCACUCAGGUGUGACCAUUUCACUCAUUAGCUUAUUAUUGCAACUGCGUCCAUUCUUCUUCUCUGUGAUUGAUUUACGACCACGUACUGUACUGCAACGUCACAGCUCAACUUUAAAAGGUUGUUUCUAUCUAAUAAAACUUUGUAAUCAAAAAGAGAAUUGAAGUUAAAAUAUUCCUUUCAAGUGAAUCCUUGGUAAACACCAUAUUGUCAGGGUAGGUGUCAGAGUUUGUAUGUCUGUAUUUUAAAUUCAUCCAGAUGUUGAAUAAUAACAUUUAAACAGAUUCAUACUGUUACUCUGACUCUGUAUCUGCAUGUCAGCUUCAGCAGCAGUUAGUGGGUGUGUUUUAUUGUGCGGCUUGGUGUAACCUGUUCAACAGUCUAGUUUUUAGACUUUUCUAUUUAUGCCAAACCUGUCAGACCACCUGCAACAUUCCCAUUAAGAGGAAAGCUCUGCAACUUUGAAUCCUGAGAUGUCAUCUUUAUAAAAAACAAGAUAAGAUUGAAUUAUCAUCUUUGACUUUUUAAAAUUGUCCACAUGGUUAGUCAGUUUGUCUCCUAAAUCUGAAGAAAUAUUUUCCAAAAUGUGAUAAAAACAGCUAAGAGCUGUUGUUGUUGUUGGGCUGGAGAAAUAUUAUUUUUUUGUGCAUGAAAUUUGCAAACACAAUCUUGUGUGAAUUAUGAGUGUUUAGUCUACAUCUGUGUUUGCUUUACAGUGUUGGGAAAUGUGUGAUUAUUACUGUUAGGGGUAAUGUUGAAGUGUACUUGUUUUCUAUGCAGAUGGUGUUUUCAUUGAUGUGCACAAGCUUUAAUAUUACAGACAAGCUUUUAUAAGUCUGCCAAAUAAUGAGCAGUCACCACCAUCAGUAAAUACAUUAACACACUCAGUCUCAGUCAGUGACAGUGUCCCUUUAAAAUAUUUGCUAUGACACAACAUAGGGUAAGCGUAAAGCCACAGCAAGCAGGAGUUUGACUGUGAUAAGUGUAGAGCAUCUAACUGACUAACUGAACGUCUGACUGUUGACCUCUGUUGUGCGAUAAAACCAGCCCUGUAACCAUGGCACUUAGAUUUUAACUCUAUGUUUACAUUUCACUGGGUUUAAACGGAGAUAUUUAGCAGAUAACUGUUCCCACUUUGAGGAAGAGUUGUUCAAAAGGAAGAGUAUUUUUUUACAUCUCUGACAGCGCUGAUGAAGUCGCGGCCUGUCACUGUCAGAAAACCACACGUCACUGUGUGUUUUAAUGGAGUGCUCUGGACUGAAUGAAUACCUUUGCAUGUUUAUUGCAUGCUCGACACUCUGCUGAUACAGUUUUCAUUGUGGUGUGUGGAUUAAGCUGCACGCUCUCUGCUUUCACAAUCAAACACACUGUUGGUUACCAGAGUGUUACCGACAGGCACUGGCUCCGACUGCCUUCAUGUUUCCUUGUCCUGGUGUGACCUCAGCGUCUUGGCCACAUGGUUGCCUCUAAAAGGGGGAAGAGGGGGGGAGAUGGGGGGUUGUUUUACUCUCUCAUGACAUUUUUUUUUUUUUUUCAUUUUCUUCCCCUUGUUUUUUAUCUAACCACAGAUACUCCUUUGGGAAUCAUGAAUAAUAAAAAGUCUCAGGCAGUUGAGGGAGAAUAAGGGGGAAGGGUUGCAUGAGUGGUAUGGAUGCUGUGAACAUCCUCCUUUCAGCUCCACUCAGGAUAUUCCACCAUGUCCAAAUCAUGUGGGAACAGAGGAAAUUAGCUGCUACAAAGCUGCCAUUGUUUGUAGUAGUUCAAAAAGCAAUUCUGGCUAUGGGCUGCUUAAAAAUAUGCAUCACUUUUUUAUUUAAUAAUAAGUCAAAUCCCUCUGUUGGUGAUCAAAGAGAAAGGAGGACAUGUACUUUCGCACUACUACUAUUUGGAAAUGAGUAGUAUCGCUGUUGUGUGAAGUGUAAGCUGUAAAUAAGGGGAAGGGGUGUUCACUCAUGUAAAUAUGAACAUUUUAAAGUAAAGCUAUUUUAUUGAUUUCCACUUUAUGUCAGUCUGGGAUCCCCAGGAUGUAGCUUUGCAUUAUUAGCAAGUAAAGAAAGCUCAAUAUUUACAUUAUACCAUCAUCAGUGCAAACUCUCAUUUCAGCACUAUUCAGUCCAGGGAUUAAAGUUGGACUCCGCUUAUGGGUUUUACUUUUUACACAGCUUUGUAGGCACAAGAUGACCUGAAAUCUACACCUCACUGAAAACAUUCAGGGAUAGCUUUUAGGAUCCAGUUAUCUUUACAUUUAGUCACGUCAGCACAGGUACUGGUUGCGAGCCUUCAGGGAAGGUCUCAGUAGCUGAAGAAGCCUCAGAUUUGAGUAGCAGUUGAGACACAAAUCUAGCUUGUACUUGCUUUUGUUUACAAAGAGGUCAUGAGCGACGUUGCAAACACCAAGGUAACAUCUUCCUACUGCUUUCUAGUGACGUUGUUUCCGGACAGUAUAACAUGACAUCCAGUUGUGUCUCAAAAUCAACUGUUCAAAGAAGGGAAUAACGUUGCCAUCCAUGUAUGUCAUGUGAUGAAACUCUGCUGAGAUUUAUUACGCGCAUCCAACAUCAUACUGUGUUUAUAUUAAAACACAGAUCAGCAUUAUAGUUCCCCUUUAUUUGUAAAUACAUUAUUAAACAUUUUUCAUAUUUAUAACAUGUUAUAAAGGCUCAAGAAUCUAAAUCUCCAAAAUAUCACACUAAGUUUUAGAUGUAAUAUCCUGAAUGAAGAAUUCACAGAAGUAUUCAGCAUCAGUCAAAUAAUCAACAUCAGUUCAGUGAAAUCACACAGAGUCUGGAGUCAGUGCUGGUGAGCCGCCUCAGGGGUUAACAUCCCAGAGCUGAUGGAGUUGUUUUUCUCUGAUCCUGAUCCAGCAUGUGUGCAGUAUCCGUUCCACAGCUUGCAUCCAGUCCAUGUGUGUAGGGCUGGAGUAAAGAGCCCACAUAGGGGAUCCUUUGUUUAGGAGAGUCUAGGCAUGGAAGAUAAUUUACAAGCCGCUAAGGUCCUCACGCCAUUGGCUGAUGAGUCUCUGUCUGCGUCUGCGAAAGGCAUCCCUUACGUGUGUGUCUAUAUGUCUGUCUGUGUGUGUGCGCGCUGCUAGUGUGUGUGUGUGUGUGCGUCUGCUGUAGCAGCACUUUGCUACAGCAGCUCACAGUCGCCCUAGUCAUGACACCCAGGAGCUUUGCCCUGCACACGGCUACUGUAGCCAGCGUUUUCUUUUGAGGCUGAAGGAAGGCGAAGCAAGAUGGCCACCAAAACCUUUUAGGGGAUAUGCUUCCUAAACUGGAAGGGCUUCUCCCGAGGACAGACAAGGUAAAAAAGUGUUUACCCUGGGGUCUAUUGUCUCACUGCAGAUGGAGGCAGCUACAGUGGAGCUCAUCAAGAGGUUAUCCUCUGUUGUCUCCCUCUGCCAUCCUGGAUUUAGCUGAUUGGAGGGCUAUACUUGGACGCUGGUGUUGUUAUUGUUCCUGCACGGCUUCUGUUUGUGAGUGUUUGGCUUGUCUUUUCCAGGUGACGUUUAAGGAUGUGACAACAAAGUCAGCAAUGAAAAGGUUAGUUUCCACAAUAACAGACACCCCUCUCGUCGUCUCCUCAGCUGCAGGUCUGUUUUGGACUGUAACGAGGAGUCUCUUUGCUUCCCCUUUUGCAGUGGUUUAGGACAGCCAUAUUUCUGCACCUGCUGUUUUCUGAAAGCUUAGCCGAGAAGUAGAGCGCUCGUAAGCUUUAGGUUGUAACUUGGUAUUUGGCAGGAUGCACUUGCUUGGAUGUGGAAGCAGUAUUGUUAUUGAGGGGUUUGUAGGGACGGUCUUAAAGCUGCACUCUGAUUCGAGCUGAUGUGCUGCACUUCUCCGGGAUCACUGUCAACUUUGAGUCUGGUCUUUGUCUCUUUAUCACGUUGUGUUUUUUUAACAUGUUGACUACGUGACACCAAGCUCAGCGAGACAGGAAACUCACUCAAUGAAUGAAGGAAAUUCUCACGUGUUGAGAAAGAGCGCUCACAACCACUACUCAUACUCUCAGCAAGGGAGGAAGUGAGUUUUAUCGGGGUUUUCGCUUUAUUUUUUUGAGGUUGAGAUCCUAACAGCGUGGGUUCCUACUCAGCCCCCGUCAGUGUGUUACAAAGGUUUCAAUUGACGUGUUUGAAUCCAGGUGCCUAUAACGUUUGUCUGAUGUGUUUACAUGUCGUGUUGUAGGGUUAAUAAUAGAUUCACACCGCUUCAAUCUUCCUUGGAGACCCAUUAGAGAGUGAGGAGGGUUGUUAGGAUUCAUGUUGCGCCGGCGGUCACACUUCUGUUGCUAAGCGAAGGUCUCUGAGCGUGUGUUUGUGUAAAGCGCUCUCCCUUAGCUACUCCGGCGUGUGUUUUGUUGAUUUUGAGAGCCCUGACAGCCGCGGCGGUCGCGUACGCUGUUUGUCUAAGAUAAAAGAAAAAAAGACUGUUUGCAUUUCAAGCAACACAGCUGAUCGUGAGUGCCUUCAGACACCCCCGAGGUAGACACAACAACACAACACAAAAGACACAGCCGCAACACAUCACAGAGCCAGCACUCCCCAGAGACCCUGUGACUCGACGAGGACAUGUGACUCUGUGUUUGCAUCCUGCGUCAGGCUCUGUAACAUCAUCAAAAACUGUUGCUGCACUUGAGCGUCAGAUCUGAUGCACAAAUAGACACACUCUCAUACACAUGCAUCGGGACACGCGUGUGUCUGGUGCAGUGCUGGAAGCCGGCCAGCGCUGCUUUGUCAUUGAAAGCAGUUUAUUGUGGCAGACACACUGCCUUUCUCCACUCUCUCUCCCCUCUCCGUGUCUUUUUCACGUGUCUUCUCGUGCUUUCAUUUAAACGUCGCGGUGGGUCAAUUUCCACAUGCUGUGCGGAGCGCGUAGCUCACCCUCUUACACCCGCAGCUCCAGUAUUGCCUCAGCCUGAGCUCCAGAUAUCUGUUACUUAAGCAGCGUGUUUCGAGUAGCAGUUAUAGUUGUAGUAGCGUGCAUUCCCGAUGACGGCGAGGAGUGCAGUUGACUGGGGAAAAAUGGCACAAUGGAUCAGAGCGGGAUUAGGGAAACCAUAUCAGUAGAAAGACUUGGAGAUUAUUCAGCUCACCCAUUUUAUGAUUAAUCUCAGGAUGUUACUAAUAUUGAACUGCUCUAUGGUCUCUGAUGCCCCCUAAGGCAACAGUUCAACCUUGACAGAAUGGGAAAACACCUCCUAAACAUCGUUUCAGUGGACGGCUAUUUCCCUCAAAGUCCUGUGGAUAGAUAAUAUACAAGUUGCACAAAUGUUUUCCAUCUCUGUUGCAAAAAAGUCUAUGAUAAGAAACAUUUCGGCCAUCUCGGCCAGUAGAUCCACCAGUGGCAGCAAAGAACAAAUGUUUUCAUCUGGAGCAUGUUUUUUGGAUUUUCAGCAAUCGUACUGAAAAUAAAUCUUUCCAGAAGCUGCAGAAAUGUUCCAGUGGCUUCAAAUGUCCUCACUGCUGAAACCAAUAGUGCCAUUUUCUGUUUGUCUUUACAGUGAUUUUCUACUUGUCUUUCUGUCUUUGUUGUACAUUUGUGUUGUCAUAGUAAAUGCAGCAGUUAUAUAGUUGUCAGCUUCAUUUAUCAGAGGCAUCUUGGUUGUGAUUUCACAAAGUUAAGAUACAGGUCUCCUCAUGUUAACCAACAACCUUCUUGAAAGCAGUGCAGCAGAUUGCUCAGUAUUAAUCCUCUUAGACCCCGGUGCUGCCUUUGACACCUUUUGUUUCCUAACUUAGACUGAGAGCUUUUAGCUCUGGAAGGCUGCUUCAUGGAUCAUCAUGGGUGCCUUCUUCCUUAUAAAAGAGGAAUCAUGACUUUGCUCAGCUGCAAUCACAUGUGGGAUGUCACAAGGUUCAGUUAUUCUUUCACUGGACAUGCCUGAAAGUUGUUCCCAUUAUAUCCAGGAUGUCUCUGAGGGUUUUGAACGGAUCACUUCAACCCCACUUUUGGUUUGGAGUAGCAGUAUGAUCUUUUGGGUUAUGUGAGAAGCAUGAGAGUAAAGUUUGUGUUAGAAUGGUGUUACAUUCAUGGCAGGUCUGUUAUAAUCAAAAGAGUUUUAAAUGUAAAUUUUGAUUAUUCAGUUAUUAUAUACGGCAGAGUAUUAGUGUCACAUUUAGUAAAAGAAAUUUAAGACUUCGAGAUUUAAGUCAUGAUCUGCGAGAAAAAAGUCAUUACUAAUAAGAAUAAAGUAGUAAAGUAAUGUGUUAGGAAAGUAAAGUUGUAAUAAAGUAAUUACUUAUGAGAAUAAAGUUGUACUAAAAUCAUUACUUACGACAAGAAAGUAGUAAUAAAGUUAUUACUUAGCAGAAUAAAGUGGUACUAAAAUUAUUACUUACAAGGAUAAAGUAGAAAUAAAGUAAUUCCUUAUGGGGAUAUAGUCGUACUAAACUCAGUACUUAGGAGAAUAAAGUAGUAAUAAAGUAAUUACUUACAAAGUCCUUAUAUUCUAACCUGUUGUUUAAGAUGACAGUUGUUGAAAUUAGAGCCAUGGAGCAUUUUGUGAAAAUAUACUUCAAUAAAGGUUUUUCAAACAAGGAGAUACUUAAUUUUUUGGCACAUCAGCUCAACAUUAUCAUAAGUAUCAUAAUGAUUUUAUAAAGACUUUUUUAGUUUUUUUAGUCUUAUUUAGUCUUUUUUUAGUCUACCUAUUAUGGCAACGUCCUCAUGUCUGCGCCGGCUAUACAUUUCUCUGGUUAAGUGGUGAUAUGCCAGUUGAACCAGAUACAGCCUACAAACAAGUGUCUCUUCAUUUUCUCAAUCAGGUACUAUUAAACUCUGCCAUCUGUCUACUGUGCCGCUGCUUUACAUUCAGGUAGCAGCAGUCGCCCUCAGCCAGAGCUACAACCCCGGCUGUCGUACAGCCUGCCAAGAUUCCAAGAUUAUAGAUUCCCAACUGGGAACCUGGUGCAACCCACUUUUUCCAGCAGGAGACUCUGAGACUAAAGAAGCUUUAAAAGGCUGUCUUUUUAUGUAGAUGAUAAGCUGCUCUAUGUUGGUACUAAAGUAAAGUAACAGUAGAUCAACGCAGCUUGUAUCCCCUUGGCUGAAACUUGACAGUGUUUGUAUAUGGUGGGUUCACAGAGGUCUGGUUUGUAUUGAAGCGCUCGCUGCUCUUGAUCCGUCAACACUGAGGGCACAUCUCCUGCUGUAAACCGCAUUAAACGGUGUCAGUGACGGAGUUUAAUGGGUGUUAUGCCAGGUAAACAGUGAUAAAGUACAGAUCUCAGAAUACCCCGCAGUUUUGUGACUUCAUUAAGAGGUAAAUUGGAUGUUUCUCACACACAUAAAUACAGAGCGCACACACACACACGGCUCUCAGUAAUGCACACAUAUCCUCCAGCUCCUUAACCGAGUUUAAGAUCCUUUUGUCAGCUGAGGCUUGGCACAUGAUGCUGUGUUUUUUUUAUCUUUGUCACGCUGUAACAUUUUCAAUCAUUCCUCCAUUGCUGAAGGCUUUAGUUUGUGAAUAUGAUGAGGGUUUAAAAUCCCAAAAUGAGAGGCAGUCUGACUUGACUGCAGUUACUCAUAUGCUGAGAGAGAGAGAGAAGGCUUUUAUGCAUCCUGUCGCAGAAAUACUACAAAUAAACUCUAGAUUUUAAUGCCUUUUUUGUUUUCUUAGACAACAUGUUAGCGACUUUUCUGACACCCUCAAAGCUUUGACCUUUGACCGGAUCAAUCUGGUCUUUUUCUUGCUAAUGAGGUUGUGGUUAUUUUGCCUGCACUUAUGUCAGUCUAUGGUACUUUGUGUUGAUAAUGGCUGCUGGAGGUCGAUCGGUCGGUCAAUACUGAGGACCUUUGGAUGGUCGUCCACCUCAGCUGGAGGGUCAAGCUGUGUCUGGAUAAGACGCAGGGUGGGUUAAUCACUUACUUCACCGCACACAGGCCUGCAGUGUCAAGACUCACAUGUGCUAACAUUCACAAGAACACACCUACAAACACAGCACAAACGCAACAUGUACAUGCACAUUACUCACAUGCCCUCAGUAACCCUCAUCCAGUGACGCAAUCGUGAACUGAGCCUGACUCCUGAUGUUCACUCUUUGGCUCUAAUACACUUGUAAGUAUGUGGCUUCGACACUCCACAGCUUGGUCAGGAAUGUUGCUCUGAUUGAAGUCUCGACUGGGGAGUAACAGAGUUUAACUUCUUAUUAGCUCUGUUUAAAGAUUGCUUUCUUCAAAAGCUAAAGAAAGCAAAUUCUUAGUUUUCAAAUGCCGUAAUAUUUUCCACAGCCUCCAUAGUGGCUGCAGCAGAUGCUCAUGCCAUGCUGGGAGGCAAUCUGUUGUGCUGUGUGCCGUGACUGUUUAGAACAAGCUGAGUAACUGUUUGCUGCCAGAGCUCGUUGAGUCACCCCUCUCUCCUUGUUUCUCUUUCUGUGUCUCUCGGUCUCAGGUGGUUCCAGAAAGUGGGUCGGUCAAUGGCAAAGGCAAGGCACAGAUGGAUGAAACCCACACGGCAGCAGCGGAGGAGGAUGAAGGGGAGGAAGGCCACAUACCUCAUACACAAUCUCCCCACAUCACCCACUCGCUCACCCACAACCUGGCCUUGGAGCAAGGCGGGCGGCCAGCACUUCUUAAAAGAGAGCCCGGACUCGAGCUGACCGGCAAUGCACUUCACCAACAUGUAUGCUCUUCUGUGACUUUUCAGAACGGUUCUGCUGAGAACCUGACGAAACCUAACGGUGCUAACAUGACCACUGGGUCAUAUUCUCAUCUGAAAUCAGCAUUUAAAAGGACUACGACUGCAUCCGAGCCUCAGAGGACUAUAAUAGCAGCCACCCCGAAAGAAAGCCCUGAAAGUGGACUCAAGGUGCCUCAAGAUGACAUGUCAGUCCCUCUGAAGAAGAUCAAACAGGAGGAGCCGUGGAUGUGGAUCACUGAACAGGAGUCCUCGAAACUGAGCGACGAUGAUGAUGACGAGGUCUGCGAGGACCCGCUGUCCACACUGGCGGCUGUUGUGUGUCUUUCUGUCACAGAGAGGAAGGGCUUAGAGGAGAAACUUUUCAGCUCACGUUCCUCCAUUCUUUGCUCCAUCAAAACAGAGCCCCCAGAUUUGCACUUCAUCAAAAAAGAGUCCCAGGACUUAAAGAAUGACUUUUGUCAGAAAAGCACUCCCGUCAGCCAGCAGAGGACCCCCCAACCUGUCAAAAGUGAACCUCCUCCAAGUGUCUUAGAGCCGAGCGUGCAGUCUUUGGCAGAGAGGAGAAACCUUAGUUUUGAACAAGCUAUUGCUAUUGAGGCCUUGACUCAACUGGCAGCUAUACCUCAAAGCACCCCAGGGUCCAUUAAAAGUGAAAGUAAGUGUGAAUAUCCUGUUUCCACUUCUAGCCCGUUUUCAACCUCUAAUACAGCCCUACAAGGAGCCAAACCCGCAGCAGCUGUUCACUACAACAAAGUCUCUGUCAUCAGCUCGCCACUUCAUCAGACAUCAGUCAUACGCCCUCCUGUGGCCAGACAAGGGAAUGUCAUCCAGUGCUCCAGGGGGUCCAGCUCAAACACAGGGUUGUCUCUGCAGGAUCUCCUGGAUGCCAGCUCAGAUGGUGAUAAAAGGAACCAGAUCAGGAAAGAGAACGGCUUUGGUUCUCGUGACGUGAGGUUCAGGAAUGAUCAUGAGAGGUUGUGUGGGGACGGCAAAGACAGGGUUGUGGGUCGAACAGGGAGAAACAGAGAUGAAGAGGAGGUGGCUGCUCAGCUGGCGGACCUCGCCUUCAUCAUCCAGGCCCGGCACAACCACCAGUGGGAGAACAACCCCCCGAAAGGAACACCUGUGUCGGCCAUUAAAUACAACUACAACUCGAGGCCUCCUCCCAACCAGAAAAAGACCCUCAUGAAGAAAACAAAAACCACACCCCCAAAGCCCAGGAAGAAGAGGGUCAGUAAUGACGGGAUCAACGGCAGGACCCCCCUCUCAAAGCGCAUGCAUAAUGGAGAUAUGCAACACAGAAGCAGAGGUCAGAAGAUCCUCCAUCAGGGGAAAUCAGGCUUUCAUAAGAGGAACCUGUUCCUGCCUCAGGCUCAAAUCGACCUGAAGAGAUACCUGGCUGAGGCUGAGGAGGAAAGGAGGCAGCUCAUUCAUCAUAGUGGUGCACACAACACAAGCCUCAUGGGGGCGCAAAGUCAGAACUACAGCACUCACACAAGGAUCCACCAUGCUCCCAGUCAAGAAAACCAGCCAUGGUCUCUUUCAAACGGUCCAAUCUAUCAACACAGUCCAUACAACGGUCAUGCUGCAGGACCAGGACCAGGGCAUGAAAGGACUUUGUUAUCUCAGGUAGCACAGCACAGUGCUGAUCCCAACACCAGCCCAGCAAAUACCACUUUCCCCAGCCACCCUAAUGGACACCAUGGUCUGGCUAAUGGGUUCUCAGGGGCUCCGAGGUCCCCUCCUCUGAGCCAGCAGAGUUAUUACAAGCUGGAGAGGUCAGGACCAGUCACGGUCCUGUCCACAGGUACAGAUGGAGACUCUGCGGAGUCAACUCCGAUCAAGAACAACAUCAACAGCUUCCUGGAGUCUCCUAUGAGUUUUCUGGAUACCCCGACCAAGAACCUGCUCAAUACACCUUCUAAAAAACUGGCUGAUCUUCCAUCCUGUCAAUGCGUGGGUGAGUGAGAGCUACCUUAGAUCACAUUCGAUUAUUUGCGACUGAAUCACACAAAAGUUCUUUGACCUCAAACGAACACUGGUUUUCUGUUUCUUUCUGGUACAAACACACACAGACACACAAAUACACACACACACACCCACAAGCUGUGUCCUAAUUCAGGGGCCAACUCAUGCAAAAGGAGGCCACAUUUCUCUGCCAUAUUUGGAGGAGGCUUUGAGAUACUUUGUGGAGCCUUGUGACCUGUUUUGAUUUAUUUGUCCUGUAGAUGUAGACUUUAAAGAUGGUGGUCCUUGACCUGACAUUGAGCUAGACUUACUGUGAAUUUAAAGUUUACAUUGAAACAGCUCCAAACUUUUCAUCAAUGUAUGAAUAGAUGGUUAAAUCACAUCCCAGGAUCAAGUUGUGUCUGAGAGUAAUGGUACAUUGCGCUGAUUGGAGGAUGCUGCUUUUAUAUCUGAAACUUUUCUCUUUUUCCUCCAGACCAAAUCAUUGAAAAGGAGGAAGGCCCCUACUAUACUCACCUCGGGGCAGGACCUAGUGUCGCUGCAGUGAGGGAAUUGAUGGAGAACAGGUAAAGUGACCUCUCUGUGUGCUUGUUUACACUGUCUACAUGUUGUGUCUUUACUCCCAAACAUGCUGCAAAGUUACUAGUCAACCACAAGCUCAGCCAGGGAAACAGGGUGGGUUCACAGCCAAAGAGUCUGUCAUUAAACGGAAGCAUUGCUGAGCUAGCUCAACACCUUCACCCCCUGUCUGAGCUACACACAUGUACACACAACACACAACACAGCAUGUUGAAACAGGAAACCCCUGGAGCCCAGGCGAGGGGCCCUUAAACCAAGAUGACAGCCUGUUUAUGAAAGCCCAAGGUCCAUCAAGGUCCAUCUGCAAGACACGCAUAACUGAAAAAAUGUCAUUUUGCUUUCACAGGAGCUUUUUAAUGGAAGUUAGUUAAUCCAGUUAAUAGUUAAUGUUUUAAAGCUCCUGUGAGGGGUUUUUAAAUGAUCAUAAUACAGAUUGAAACUCACACUGAUGAAUCCUUAUGACCUACAAACGAGACCAUCAGCAACAAGACUGAGAAUAUCCGCAUUGUAAAUGUGAAUGCCUGUAGAGGCUGCCUCAGGAUAGGUGUCAGACAAAGUGGUUUAUUGAAAGCUGAAGAAACAGACUGUUUUCUUUUCCACUGCAAUUAUUCAACAUUUUACAGGAAAAAAAAUGAAUGGGAUGUGUUACUAGAAAGCACGACAAACUCAUGACCAGGAUGAAACCAAGAAAGAAAAAAGGUGUACACCUCUGUCCACAGGGGGCGCCAUAAUCAGGGUAAACCGGUGUUUUUUACAGGAGCUUUAAUCAGAGAUGUUUACAGAUUUUGUACCAGAAAGUGAUGCAUUUGGUGCAUUUAAACAAGCUGCUAGUAUGUGAUGCACUGAUAUGUAAACAUGACCACAUCACCCCAAUUCUGGCAUCCCUCCAUUGGCUUCCCGUCCAUUUUAGAAUACAUUUUAAAAUUUAAUUGUUUGUUUUAAAAUCUUUAAAUGUAUCAGCACCACAGUACAUUACUGACCUCUUAAAUGUUUACACCCCCACAUGUUCCUUGAGACCCGCUGAUCCGCUCCAACUCGUGGGACCAAAAUAAAAAACCCAUGGCGAGCUUUCUCGGCCGUAGCUCCCAAAUUAACGAAUUGCCACUCGAGAUCAAAACAUCCCCCACUCUUUGUACUUUUAAAUCACAUCUUAAAACUCAUUUUUAUUCCUUGGCUUUUAGCUCAGCAGGAGAGUUGUGUGAUCUCUGUCCUUUUAUCACUUUUAUUUCUUUCAUGCUUUUGUGUUUUUAUUUCAUUUUAAAUGUUUUUUACCUGCUUUUAUUUAUUUCAUCUUGAUGUUUUCAGCAUUGUCUGUUCUUUUAACUUUAUUGUGCAGCACUUUGGUAAACUUGAAUUGAACAUAAUGUUGAUUGGUCUGUUUAAAACAGUGUUUCAUCCCCAAAAUGAAAAUAGACUUUAAUAUCUGCACAAGAAGCAUGUACUCAGAAUGGACAGUAGCAUAGAAUUGACAAAGUAGCUACCUAUGCAUUGAUUAGUUGCCCUCAGGUUUAACAAGAAGUGUAAUGUUGCCUAAAUUUGCUGUCAGUGGUUUGUGUCUGUGAGUGUAUAAUGUUUAUGUUUUUCUAAUGUUCUCUGUUUGAAACAGGUAUGGUACCAAAGGGAAUGCAGUACGGGUGGAAGUUGUUGUUUACACUGGGAAAGAAGGAAAGAGCUCCCAAGGGUGUCCCAUAGCUAAAUGGGUAUGUGGCUGGUGUUGGAGUUUGUGUUUGUAUCCUGUUGGUCUGAGUCCUUCAUGUCAAAGUGUUCCUUUGUAUCCCAUCGUAGUGUAUAAGGGAAGUCACUCCCAGAUUCUUUUCCUCACCACAGCUAUGUAAGCACUGAGUUUCCCCAAACAUGCCACCAGGAACAAAAGAAAGUUAUUUCCAAUUUUAUCCCAAAACACAGACAUGUCAAGGCUUACACCUAAAUUUGACUAUUGCUUCACAAUACCUGAAAUAAAUUCAUGAAUAAGAAGUGAUAAUUAUUUUUUCUGGUCUUAAAAAGUUCAUAUUUCAUAUCAAAGCACAUGCAGAGUCAUAUGACCAUUACAGAUGCAUUUAAUUAGGUAUAAACCAAGUAGAAAGAUGUAAGCUGAAGCUUGGUCUUAUUGUGCCAAACCCUUUUAUGUAAUUAGUCUGUUAGUUCUGUUAGUCCGAAGGUUCAAACAUUUCACACCGAACAAGCAGCAAAACUCAACCAGAAGACUGAAUACUUUCAAAACUGUUCAUCACCGUCUGUCAUGUAGAAGUCAUACAUAAGAGGAUUUUAGCACAUUAGAUAUGGUGAGUUAUAAAAGUGUUCAAUUCUUGUUUGUUGGAUGUGUCCAUAAGUUAGUGCUUUUGUGUAACUGUUACCUGACAGAUCAUCCGGCGUGGCAGUGAAGAGGAGAAGCUGCUGUGUUUGGUCCGCCAGAGGCCAGGGCACUACUGUGACACAGCUGUGUUGGUGAUCCUCAUCCUAGCGUGGGAGGGGAUCUCUCGGCCGGUGGCAGACCAUCUCUACAAGGAGCUCACAGAGACCCUCUUUAAGUACGGCUCCCCCACCAGCCGUCGUUGCGCCCUCAACGAAGAGUGAGUACCUCAUCAUUUCUUCUUCUUUUUUUACACUGAUGCUCUUUUGUCCCGGCUCUGUUUAAUUCUUUAUUUCCCCUCUACAGUCGUACGUGUGCGUGUCAGGGGUUGGACCCGGACACCUGCGGAGCUUCGUUUUCCUUCGGCUGCUCCUGGAGUAUGUACUUCAAUGGCUGUAAGUUUGCUCGCAGCAAAGUGCCACGCAAGUUUCGCCUGCUGGGAGACUACCCUGAGCAGGUGAGGGACAGUCCACGGUAAUAAGACCCUCAACUUUGUUUUCCCCUUGUUUAUCUUGGGGAUUAACAAUUUGUGUCAUGUUUUAAUCUGGAGUCACAAUAUGACAACACAAACACAGUUAUGCCCCUUCAUAUGUGGUGGACUUGGCUCUAAUAAUAACAGCCAUGACAACAGGAGCAGGAUUAAUAAUAUAUUUACAUAAAUUAAAUAGUUACAAGAGGUAAUUUGUUUAAGAGAAAAAGAAAGAAGAAAUUAAUUAUGUAAAUAACAUAUAAAUAGCUUUACCCAUAUACAUACGUGUAAAAAUACAUGGGCUGUCAUUAUAUGUCCACAUGAGCAGCACAAAUACAUCCUUUUCAUGCCAACAUUAGGGUUUGCCUCUUUCUGCUGUGUGACCCUUUUUAGGAAUCCUCUGAGAAUGUUAACUGUCUGCCCCGCUCUAUAAUAAAUUGAUCCAUUCUUCCAUGUUGUCUGUAUGACAUUUCUGCAAAUGCUUCCACUCCCACCAUCUCUGCCGCCCAUACUCGCUCUGAGGGCAGCCCCUCUGUCUUUCAUCCCCUGCAAGAAUCAACUGCUAAUACGUUUUAUCUCCUCCGAUUAGAGCUGCUGGAUUAUCUAAAACAAAUAAACCAGGGUUUAAUAAAUCUGAGUCCCUCUGAGAUUAUCGUGUAUUCUGGCCCUGAAUUGUUGGACUUUAUCACAGGAUCAUUCAAAUGUUUCUCCUUUUUUAUGAAAGUUUAACAGUUCUGUAAUUAAUGCGAAAUAACACCACCACAGCCAAAUAUGUUCCUUAUAGAGGCAUUUAUUUUUCGUAAUAAGUCAUUUUUUUGUCAUCCUUAAACUCAGAAAUCUCUAAAAUUACUUUUAGGAGGAGAAGGUUGAGAACAACCUCCAGAAUCUCGCCACUGACCUCGCACCACUAUACAAAAGACUGGCUCCUGAGGCUUUCCAAAACCAGGUAUGGAUCAUGAUAUAGCAGCUGCUAACUUGCCUCUUGUGAUCUUAAAGCACUUCGCUAUGUUAUUGUUUAGCCUCACAUCACUUUCAUUAUCUUUUCUGACUCAUUUAGCUCUCAGAGUGUAUUCACACAGAUCUGAAAAACUUACCUGCAGAGUGAAUAACGUUCAGCUUUUUACAUGGAAACCGAACACAAAUCUUUUACAAUAAUCUACAUUCUCACCAUGUUUUGUCCUUUCACCUCCCUCAGGUGGAAAAUGAGGCAACAGGAGGGGACUGCCGGCUGGGCAGGAGGGAAGGACGCCCCUUCUCUGGAGUCACAGCCUGUGUGGAUUUCUGUGCUCAUGCUCACAAGGACACACACAACAUGAACAACGGCAGCACUGUGGUAAGCUGAGACUGUGGUAGCAUGUUUGACUAAGCCAGAGCUUGAGUCAGAAGUCAGUGAUUCUAAUUUUGGUUCAUUGUCUUCGAGGUAUCCAUUAAAUUUGGCCUAUUGUUUGAUUCUCUUCUCUUUCGUCUACACUCUUUUACAGGUUUGCACUUUAACGAAGGAAGAUAACCGCGCCGUGCGAAACAUACCAGAAGACGAGCAGCUCCAUGUUCUGCCUCUUUACAGGAUCUCAGACAGGGAUGAGUUUGGUCAGUUUGAGGGUCAGGUGGCGAAGAUGAGAAGUGGGGCUCUGCAAGUCCUGUCUUCCUUUCCCCGGGAGGUGAGGAACCAUGAAAGUAGAUGUUGCUCCCUGUAUUAUGUUUUCUGUCUGUCAAUGCAUGAAGGAGGUUUCAGAACUUAAUUCCAGAGAUAAAUGACUCUAAAAAGGUCUCGUGUUGAAUUAAAUGAGUUUCUGUGUGUCUUUUAAAGGUGCGUCUGCUGGCUGAGCCUGUGAAAUCAGCUCGUAAGAUCAGACAAGAAGCUCGUCAGAAAGCACAAGCAGAGAAACUGGAGAAGAAGCUCGGCCUGACUCCUCUCACUCCUGGAAAGGGCAAAAGUGAAACCCCCAACAAAGGUAGCCAAACCAAGAACCCUGUCUGAUUAUUUACUGCUAUGGAAGUGUAAAAAUGUUUUGAUUUGUCACUCGAAUGUUUCUGAAAUACUUGUCGAUCCCAAACAGAGCCACAGGGCUUCUACAGCUCUUACAGACUUCCACCCAGACCUGCCAGCGUAGGAAGGUACCAUCCCGGCACUUACACCCAGAGCACCAGCAGCUACCCCACUCUGGAUGCAGGGAUCAGCCCACAGAAGGAGGUCAUCUCCCCCCACCACCACGGCCUGGCAGGUCUGCAGUUUGGACAAAACGGUGCAGCUCUUUAUUAUAAGACAGUGAGUGAUGCUGUGAAUGGAUAUUCUCCAUCAUCCGGUGAGCACAGUGUUCUGUCAGAACGAAUACCUCGACACAACGCCCUUAGUGACUACCCCCGUACGUUCAAAACUGAGCCCAACGAGGAGCACUGCCCUUCUCUGUGCAGACCCUCCCCCAGCGAGAGUGCUCCUCCGCCCUCCUCCUUCUCCCCUAGACCUACCUCUGAGGGCCUCUUCAGCAGGCUCAAUGGACUCCACAGGGCUGAUGGAGAUGUCAGGGCGGAGGUCAGAGGUCAUGAUCUCCUUCUGCCUUCAUCUCUCCCCCUUCCCCAGCAGACUCCCCCGUACCAACAAGAGGAAGUCAAGCAGGAGGAGGUGUGGUCAGACAGCGAGCACAACUUCCUGGACCACAAUAUAGGUGGAGUCGCUGUGGCACCGUCGCACGGCUCCAUCCUGAUUGAGUGCGCCAGGCGAGAGCUCCACGCCACCACCCCUAUCCUCCGCCCGAACCGCAGCCACCCCACCCGCAUCUCCCUGGUCUUCUACCAGCACAAGUCCUUAAAUGAACCGGGACACGGGAUGGCUAUGUGGGACGCAAAAAUGGCCAAGCGUGAACGAGACAGGGAGGAGGAGGCGGAGAGGCUGAGGAUGGAGGACAGCCCACAGAUGAACGGCAAAGGAGCCGGAGGUGUGGAGCUGGAGGAGGAAACAGGGGAGGAGGAAGAGAAGGCGAAGAGGAUGAUGAAUGUCCCCACACGUCAAAUGUGGACUCUACCUAGGGACAGCGUCAUCACUGUGUCCCCUUAUGCUCUUACCCAAGUGACGGGUCCUUACAACCGCUGGACUUAGUCAACAUGUUUUACAUAAACACACACAAAUACACACACACACACAGAAAAAAACUCCUACACCCUGUGCUUCUGCCUUACCUCAACUUCAAACUGCUACUCUCAUUUUUACGUGGUUUUCAUUGUGCUUUUCUAAUAUCUGUUGGUUUCACUUUGUCCUUCUUCUUCUCUGCCUUUGAGUGACGAGGAAGACCAAAGUUUGUUGGCUUUUUUAACUGUGAGUUUUGGUGUUGUUUUUAUUGUAAAGAGAUGGUGCUUUGAAGCAUUUUUAAACUGGUUUUUAUAUACAUGAUUAAGAACAAAAAAGAUGUGAUUAUUUAUUCUGAUCAGAACGAUUUCUAUUUAAUUCCUGGUGUAAGCCUGUUUACUGCAAGAUUUCUAUGAUAACCUUCAUUGUGUGUCAGAUUUUAUGUUGUACAGUUGGAUUACGCUCUUUAUUUUCAGCCAGCGGUUCUCUUCUCUUAAGAGGGACCUCGCUGGCUUUUUACAUUGGUGCCAUUCUCACUGUAACCUUCGUUAAGCAAACUCAACACAUCACAUUAUGUAGAAAAAAAAACUAAUAUUGUGCAUAUAUUAACUACAGAUUGUCACAUGUAGCAUUGUAUGUUUCCUUCGGCUGCCUCUGACGUCUCUGACAGUGUGGCCGCUGAUGGAGGAGAUGUAUUUGUUGUUGUUUUUGUUUGUUUUCUCUUCGUCUGGAUGGUUUGUCUUUUAUUCACAGCUAUGUGUGGCAUAUUAAGAAGCACUUUUUUUGUUUUCCUUAACUUGAAAAGGUCCCAAUUCAUAGGCCUGAUUAUGUAUGUACAGAUAGAGAUAUAUAUGACAGCUAAGCAUGAACCCAGUUUUAUAUUAACAGUAUUUCUCUAUUGAUCGUAUUUUCAUUCUUCUGAUUGAAAACAACAUACAUAUCCAGCGAAAUUUAGCAUUUUAGGAUUUGCUGCAACAAUAAAUAUUAGCACUAAGCAAAUAUUCACCGCCUGGAAAAGAAAUUGGAAAGUCUUUCAUGUGGGCACACGUGUGAUUGUAGGAGUUCAGAAACUUACUGUAAAUUUAAAUGGUGCUAAUAAGACCUCUGUUUUUUUUUACAGAAAUCACAAAGUGUCUGCAAUGUUGACAGAAUUUACCCAUUUUUUUGUGUCCAUACUCUGAGUACAAAACUGUGUAGCCGGUGCUGACUUAUCAGAUGUCUUCUUUUGCCUCUUUUUCUGCUUUUGUUGGAAAAUAGUUCAAACACCACACCCUACUCAGACAGUUUGCCUGAGAUGACCCUGGUGCUCCAGUCCUGCGAAGACUUUGUUUACAGAUCGCUUUCUACAGGGUCUGCAAAGGAGGUUAAACUCCUGAUGAAUCGAGCUCUUCUUAUUCUUAACAAUCCAUCAUUUCAUCACAACAUCUUUCACACUAAACACUGGUGCUGGAGUAAUAUUACAUUUAUGCCCUUUGACCUUUGGUGCUAGAAGAUCGAGAUGUCAGGGUUCACAUGAUAUAUCAACCUAAUGUGGUUCACUGAUGGGUGCUUGCAUGGUGCUUUUUUGAAACUCGGCACACACUGGUCAGGCUAUGAUUCAGUUUUGUCAUUUCUUCACAUGGUAUCAGACUGAGACACGUUUAUUACAGCAAACUUAUGUGCAGAUGUCCACUGAUAAUUCAAAUGUCUUCCAAUGAAAACCAAACUCUGUUAAACAUACACAAGAAACUAAAUGAAUGUAAGCCGUUUUUAAAUAAACAGAUUUAGGAAAAAAAAAAAACAUUUCUGAACAGGAUAUAGCUGCAUUAGUAAAUGUUCUAUUGUUUUAAGGUGGGCGACGACCUCGGCCCGCUCUUAAAGUCUUUUUAUCAACGAGGAACUAACAACUAGCACCAGCAUUAAAAAACCUGAAAAAAAAAACUUUUAUUAGUAGAAAAGUUGUAAAUAUGUAUGUGAACUAUAUUGUUUUUACUGUACUGUUUAUGGUGUUUAGACAAUGGAGGAUCUUGCUUAUUUUGAAACUGAAUUACUGUAUGUUGCUGAAAGUAUAUCCAGUUUAGACUUGAGAAGAGACUAAGUUUAGCAUUCCUUUUAUGGACGGCUGAUCUCUUUCGGGAUUGUGAAAUAAAGUCAUAUUUAUAUUUUGGACCUGAUCACAACUUCCUCUGUCCUCAUUUGUCAAGUAUGCACGGGUGUGUGUGAGAGCGUGUAUGUGUAGC